GCGACUCCAUCUCGUUGCGUUUGCAGCUGGUUAGGAUUCUCGACCACUCCGCUCUGCCACUGCUCGCGUCGCAUUGUGCUCUUUUUUGGUCCAAACUUGGUCUUAGGCAGCCUUUCGUAGGCUGAAACAUGCGUAGCUCUUUGCGAAGUCCGUCAGCUUAUCUUCAAUUGGCUUUCUCUCGGUCUGGAGGCAUCAGACUGUGUCUGAUGUAAUGUAGUGUGUGUGUGAGACAGAGCGAGAGAGAGAUAGAGAGUGAGCGAGAGAGGAGACGAAGCUGUAGAGGCGGUGCCAAUAGUGAUUUGGAUGCUAGUUGCUGCAGUUUCUGAUUAUUGUUUUCCUACAGAGAGUCGAAGUAGGAAGUUUAGUUUUGGGAGGAUGCGGAACUGAGGAUAUAUGUGUUGGUCGAUAGUGAUUGGUGACUCGCGGUCUGUGCAUCCCUCGACUCCAUGCAGAAUUCCUGCCGCUUUUCGUGCACUGUUUCUUUGUCGUAGUUUGGUGACUCCUGCGGCUGGUGGCUAUGAUAUGGAGUGAUGCUUCAUUUUGUUAAUUUAAUUUUUUCUUAAUUUUUUUGUCUUGCGACUUCAUUGGCUGCUAGCUGUGAGAGCUCUGACCGCUAAGAGAGUCGUGAUUGGUGGUGAUAAGUUGGUUUCUGGAGCUCUUGCAAUCUUGGACUAUUAGCUAUUAGUAUUUUGGUCCUUUGGCCAAUUGUACCUUCGGGACCCAGCAAUUAAGUUUUUUCUUGAGCGAAUUACUCUCGAGUUGGCAUCUGUGGAGAAUAGAAUCCAAACAGCCGAGGUUUUCUUAUACAUCUGAGGUGGUCGCAAUUAUUUAUGCGAUUAUCUCACAAAUGCUCGCUGGUCCCUGAUUCCGGUGUGCAGCCUCGUUUGACGAAGCAUGCGGAUUUACUUCAGCUCUUGUUCUUGAUCUUUACAGGAACAUUAUUAUCCAAUUUAGCAACUGUCACCUGCUGGUGCCUUCGCUUGAUCAAACCACUAGUUUUUUAAAUAUAAGGCUUGAUAUUGUCCCGACCAAGGUGCCUUUGAUUGGUCAAUUCCGACACAACAAGUCGGGCAAUCUUUUGUUCAUAAUUUUGCAGGUGUAGAUCAUUGCGAGCUUGAUCGUUGUCUCCGUCAGCACUGCAGAGCUAACUAUUAACUAUCUUUAAGGUGUCGAAGCUCAUUAUUUGGCAGUACUCAUUUUGCAUCAAAAUGUAGAUUUUCUUUUUCUGGAUAUUGGUUCAUAAAUGUUUCCGACUCAAUUGAGGAAACGGGAGCUCUAGUUUUCAUCAUUUGGAAUUUAUGUGUCCUUUCCACCUUCGCAUUCGGUGCUGGUAGCACUGCCUGUCACUGAAAGACUCGGAUUCCUGCUCCUUUUCCAGGAGCGAUUGCGUUACUGAAUUUGCCCUGUAUUUACUGGGGACUACCCCUGGCGGAAUGAGCGAUGGUUUUUGCAUCAUUUGGGGCGUUUAACAAAAAAAUUGCUGCGACGGUCACUUUAAUGCGUUAUUCUGAAGUCGUUUGCACUUGCAUGGGACCAAUAAUUGCAGUCUGAAUACAUUACGUUUAAGCAAAGCAUGUGGCCUUCUUUUCAUUUUUUGAGAGAGUGAACAAUUUAAUUAGCUAUGGCAACCAUGGAGAGAAGCAGCAGUGACGCGGGCUACAUGGGUUCAUACGAUACUAGCUACACUUCUGGGUAAGUUGUCGCAGGUGGACGUUUUUACUUCCUCCCCAGAUCCUGUAACCUGUGAACGUGGUCACACAUACAAUGUCACUGACCUUUAGACGGGACGAUACUUUUGCUGAUGUUCACAACUUGGACCAUUGCAUUAAAUAUCUCAACCAGUCUUUAGUUACAUUUGGCUUUCCAUCGGGACUCAAUCUUUACUCUAGUGAUCCCGCUUCAAUCGUGCGAACAUGCAAUUGCAUAUAUUCCAUGAUUCAGCAGCGGCAACGGGACAUAGAGUAUCGUGAAGCAGCCAAUGACACAAGGCAAAGGCUAAUGUCAGAUAUGGCAAGGCUUGAAGCUAAAGUGGAAAGGCUGACUGACCAACUGGUCAGUAAGGAACGUGAAUUGCAAGCAAUUACAAGCAAGGAGCAGAAAGCAUCAGCUACUAGCAGAGCGCAGAUCGAGAGGUUGCAGCAUGAGAAAGACGAGUUUCAAAGAAUGGUGAUUUCUACACAACAAGUGAAGAUUCAGCAGAUGCACGAGUUGAAGAAGAAAGAGAAGGAAUAUAUCAAGCUGCAGGAACGAUUGAACCAAGUCUUGAUGGAGAAGAAAAAAGAGUCCAAAGCCGGUAUAGAGAUUAUGAAUCUGCUUCAGAAAGAGGGAAGGCAACGGGGCACUUGGAACAACAAGAAAGCGGAUGCUGAUUUCUAUAAAAUGAUUGUAGAUGCAUAUGAAGCUAAGAAGCAGGAACUUGUUGCUGAAAAUUCUGACUUGAGAGCUUUACUUCGAUCUAUGCAAGGUGACAUGCGCGACUUUCUUAAUUCCCCUAGUGGUCCAAUGAGACCAGCUACUGGAACAAGUUUCCAUGAACUAGAACCAUCGCCCACACCUUUGACUGGCCAAACGGAUGUAUUUGACCUACCGUUUCACAUGGCUAGAGAUCAAAUUGAACAAAGUUUACGUGCUAAAAUGUCUAUUAUCAAGGCUAGUCUGAUGAACAAGCACAUGUCCGAGCAGGAUAACAGCAGUGGGGAGUAUGGGAACGUCAGGAUAACCAAAAAGGACACAUCCAGCAUUGGAGAUGAGUAUCUUCUUCAUAGGAAGGGUCUUGGACCACUUCAAUUUCAUGGGGUACCUCUUGUGCCCACAGGGUACCAUUAACUUUUUUUUUGAUUUGACAUGUAAUUACUUCAACUUUUUUGAAGACUUGUUUUCUCUAUUAAACAGUUUUCUUUUUUCUUUUUUCUCCCAUGGGUAACUUGAUGUUGUGUAGUGACUCUUAGACCUUUUUUUGAAGGAAAAGCUUUUGAGUCAUAUUAUUUUACAUUUGUAUUGACUACCCUCUCAGAGGGGUAUGUAAAUUUAGAGUUCUACUUGAGACACAGUGAGAGUGCACACUGUAAUUUAAGUGGGUUGGGUUGAGUCCAGUACACUGUUGAGUUUUUGAAGGUUUAGAUUCUGAUCAGAUGCAGUUAAAGCUCUGGUCAAUUCUGAUCAAGUAUGUACUAUAUCCCAUAUAUGUAUAUUUAUAUAUUCACAUAUAUGAACAUGAAUAUGUGAAGGAAACUUACAGCAA